UCGGUCGCACGCACAAGGAAGACGAGGUGGGAGGAAAGAGGCAGGAGGAGGAGGCAAGGCAGGCAAGGUCGUCUGCCAGAGCACGCCAGAUGAGCGGACCAGCCAGCGCAGCGGGGACGACGGGCGACGCCGCUCGACCAGGCCCGCGCGGCAUCCGCGAGCGCACGGGCUUGAGCCGUCCAGUCUCUCCCCGCAGCUGGCUCGGCUCGAGUUCCUGGACUCAAGCAGUCGAAUUGCACAUGCACUUGAGCUGCGCCCGUCGCCCACUCAGACAGGGGAGGACGCCAACGGCCCGUGCAGCGACGCCGACCCUGCCCGGGAACACUCUACCCCUGGGAUCGGCGUGUGGGAGCGCCUCCCUGGCUGCGCGCCUACACUUCGUCUGCACCGACCCCGGGCCGUGGGCGGGCCACCGGGCAGCAGCGGUGUCGGCGUGCGGUCCCUGCACGCCUCCGACGUCGCAGCCUGCCCGUCACACGAUGUGGGUCCCCAGAGUUCCUGGCCCCAUCCCCGAGAGCGGUUGCCGCCGCGCGUCGCUGCCUGAUGGCCCACUGGGCCCGAAAGGAACCUCCAAACGAGACGCCCCAGCUCACCUUGGGGAAGCUGGCCGCCCCGGCCCUGCUCCCGCACGACGACAGGAGGCCUUGCGUGCUGGCGUCCUCUGGUCAGACCGGGUCGGCGCGUGAACGCGCCAUCUCCCGCCCGUACCACUCGCUCGCCCUGAUCACGUCGGGGGGCGCUGACUUCGGAGGCAGAGCCCCAGCAGCCCGGCGCCCACGUCCAGCCAGCGGCCCGCCUCUCCACGGCGUGGGCCGCCGGCGCGGCGCAGCCUCGCCCCGCGGUUCCACGCGGCGGCCCCGAGCGCGCGGGCGGCGGCGCCUCCCGGGCACCCCGCGCCCCGCAGCCACGCCAACGCCUCCUCGAAGGGCUCGGCGCCGCCCGCGCCCCCGCCCGGGGCUCUGCACAGGCAGUCGACCAGGGCGCGCACGGCGGCGCUGCUCGCGGCGCCCGGGGCGGUGCCCGCGGCCGUGACCUUGGCCUGCCUGAGGUACCCCCGCAGGUAAUCCGCUGCCACGAGCUCCUGCCCUGGGCACUCGGCCGCGCGCGCGGCCGCGCGCAGCAGAGCCUCACCUGGGACGCCGGCCGUGGCGAGCGCGGCCGGCGGCGAUCCGCCGGCGCAUCGCAGCAGGAGCUCCACCUCCACCAGAGCAGCCAGGGCCGCAGACGCGCGCCCCGGCGCGGCGCUGCUGCCCCCAGUCGCGCGGAUCGCGCCCGUGGCGUCCUGCGCGGCCGCACGGCACAGCUCCGCGGCCGCCUCCCCUGCACCUUCCUCGCAGAGCUGCUGCGCCUGGCGGAGCCGAGCCCGACACAGCAGCAGCGUGCUCGCGAGGAGCCCCUCGCUCGACGACGGCCCGGCGAGGAGCGGGCUGAGCCUCUGCGCUAGGACGAGCAGCCCGCAGCAGUCCUCCAGAGCCCCGCUGGACUGCCACAGGCUUGCGGCACACGUCCACGCCGCGGCGAACGAGCGAGCAGCGAGCAGACGCGCCAAGGCACCCGCAUCUGCGGCUUCGCCCGGCCCUGCCAGAGCGGAGCGUUCCAGAACCUGGACGACGAGCGCGAGGCAAGCCCUCAGGCGCUGCGGCGCCACCGCGCAGGCUUCCGCAAUCUCCACCAGGCGCAAGCCAGCGCGCAGCAAGGGGGCGAUGCGCGCCGAACAGGAGCUGGCGACGCCCCCACCCUCCUCGAGGCCAUGGCAAGGGGCCCCAGCCUGGUCUUCGGCGUCCCCGCUGCGGACUAGCGCCUGCAGUCCAGCCUGGAUGCAAUCCAGCGCAGGCGCGCACGGCGGAAUCAAUGACGCCUCUGCGAGCAGCCCAAGCGCCGUCUCCUUGCCCACAGCCCCCUGCCAGCACAGCGCUCCCAGGCGGCGCGCCACCUGCCCGUCGUCGCCGCAGGCCGCAGCGCAGACAAUGCGCAGCACUUCCACGCGGGCGUCUGGACCGUUGGCCCCGCCAUCGGCCAGCGAAGCGAGCGCAUCUGCGGCCGCGGGUGCCUGGCCCGCGCGCCAGAGCGCUACGGCGCACGCAGCGCGCAACUCUGGCGGGUUGCCUGCCAGCCGCGCGCAGUGCCCGAGCCACUCGGCGGCCAGCGCCCAUCGGCCCACGCGGCACGCCGCGGCCGCCAGGCCCCGCAAGCGCAGGCACAACGACCGCAACACGUCGUCGUCGCCGGGCACGCUCGCCGCAGGGGCCCGCAGA